UACAAUCAAUAUUUUUAAUUCCGCAGAUGAAGGAACUACAACAGAGAAACAUGAGAAAAUUAAACAUCAGCCAUCAAUAUCCAAACGAUUACGUGAAACGAAAUCCAUGCUAUCCUCAACAACAAACAAAAUCUCAGUGAAAAAUAAAACGAAAUACAAAUGUCCUGAAGAAGAAUCGCCCAAAAACAUUGGUCCUUACGAAGUUCCAACGCAACGAGACUUGGUCUUGUUAACCAAAAAUAUUCUAUUAAAAUUAUAUUACAGUUAUAAUCAGCAGUCGUUGCAACUUCUUAAAGAUAUUAAAGAGGCAACCAAAGCGGCAUUGUCCCUCAAGAAUAAAUGCAACUUCAACAAACAAUUGUACACGCAAUGCGUAAAAGACGUUAGUAAACAAUGUGAAAGGUACACCAAGGACACUUUGAUGAAUUUAGAAGCUCAGAAACAUGACGUCGUGAUGCUUACUGAGGAUAGAAUCUGCAGUUUAUCAGAUAUGAAAAGUGAUCCUUUACAGUUAAUAAAAUUGAUUUCGGAGGAAAAAUCAUCAUUACACUUUACAUUGCCUGGCUUUUUAAUUUUACUGCACAGUUGUAACAUGCAUUGUUCAAGGUAUCGAAUACUCGUUCAUAUGAGAGGAAGCCUAAGACACAUGACGGACCAAGAUCUUGUUAUAAGCCAUUUGCUGACGAAAAAGAGUUAUAUUCAACUCAUAAAUGAUUCAAAGCACAAAGUCUAGCAAGAAUUUAAAUUGUUAAUCUGAAUGCGUUCAAU